UUUUCACACAGUUUGCUUCAUGACGUCAUGUCAGCUCGCACGUCAAUGCGACCACCAAUCGCAUUCUGUUCCUUUAGCUCAGAAAUUUUUGUUGCAUUAACUUGAGAUUUUUUUUUGUGUGUGGUUGUGCCUUUUUUCGUAAUGAAUUACUGCAUGUCAGACAUGUAUGACAUAGGCCACGGUGUGAGUGGGGGAUAUGCGGUGCCCCCCGGAGGCAAGUACUGCAUGUACGGUGGCGAAGGGCCCGGUUUCGCUCGCUGUGAGCCGCAGCCGUUACACCACCAUCCUCCCAGCAUGGAGCAGGCCAGGCCGCACAACCAGCCCUAUGGGUGCCCGUUUACUGGGGGCAACCCUGUGUUCAAGAGCGAGUUGUGCUCCAUGGACGUGCCUCUCAGUCACUAUCACCAACCAGACUACUACUCUGACGGCAGGCCGGACUUCUCUCAGAUGCAGUGGAUGCAGGGGCCACACAAGAAAGGGUACAUACCAAGUUAUCUGGACAAGGAUGAGCUGUGUGUUGUGUGUGGGGACAAAGCGACUGGAUAUCAUUACCGCUGCAUUACCUGUGAGGGCUGCAAAGUGAGUGUUUGA